UACAAAUUGAGAAUAAUCAUAAUAAAAUAAUAACUAUUGAACCAGUGCACAUAGAAAUGCGUUGCGAAAUAGAAUUUUCUUUUUCUAUCUUAUUGAUCAUCGCAAUUAAAAACUUCCAAACGAUUGCGUCCCCGAUUUUUACCGACUUAGAAAUCAGAGAUGUAAAUAAGACUAAUUCAUUUAAAAAUGGCUUUAUACCACUCCGAUUUAAGCCUCAUUUUUUACCACACAUUGGAGAUAGUUUAAUGGAGAGACAUCAAAAACUUUUACAACCAUUUAAAUUAGAAAAGUGGAGUAAUGGGGUAAAACUUUUAAAACAACCAAUACAAUUACCAGAAAGUUAUCCUAGAAUACAUGGUACGAAAGUAAUUAAAAAAAUGACGCGUGUGGUAUUAAUUGUUGUUGCAUUUAUAGUUGGUUUAAUAAUUUCGUGUUGUAAAUGUUGUAUAGGGAGUUUUAAACGCAAACAGCAACCGAUCGAUUUAUCUUCCGAUCGUCGAUAUCAGCUUGUUUAUCCCGUCUAAAUAAGUUAUUUAUUAUAAUAUAUAAUAAUAGUAACUUAAUAAAUAUUUUUUAAUACCCA